CACUCGCUUCGGAAUACGUCACAGCUCCAGCUUUUUGUCCCUCUGCAGAGCCCGUCCUGUUGCUGUACACACACUCACACACCAAGCAUGGCGUCCUCAAUGUCACCGGCGCUCAGACAGGUUCUGAACCUUAGGAAAGCAGCCGUGCCAUUACUGCUGCCGACCAGGUAAUACAUGGACAAGCGAAGGAAUGGGUUUUACGAGGGCGUGAUGGGAGUCUGCUGCCUCUGAAUGACUAGUGCAUGCUACAUUAAUGUGGCUCUGAUUUGCAGGUGACUUUGGCAGAGGGAAACAAAAAUAACCCAAAAAUAAUCGGCAGGGACAACUGUUCAUGGUAGUAGUUCCCAGUCUGAGAGAGGGUUGGAUGGGAAAGGAGAGUCAGGUGUUCAGGCAAAACUUUGGGCGACAUAAUAGUUUACAGUAAAAUAUGAUGGGGUACUUAUUAAAGUUCUGCGCAUCUAAACAUGAUUUUUGUUUUUCCUUGAGAUGCUGAUUCUUAAGAAUUACCAUCUUGGACUAUAUUAAUAUGAGUGAAUAUACUCCUUAAAGGGACACUACAGGCAACAAAACAAGAUAAUUUUAAAUUAAGUUGUUAUGGUGCCCCGGAGGCACUGUUACCUCAAGGGGUUAAACUGUUCUCGAAUGGUUUAUCCCCAAAGUUUUCUCCAGAGGCGAUGUACACUCCUCCUCCUCCCCUGUCUCUUCUAAAAUGUCAGUUUUAGGAAGUGCAGAGGAAGUUGUAAAGAUAGGUGAAACACCUAAGAGGGCUCUGUAUGCAUAUUGUCUUAAACCUGAUGCUUUAUCAACAUGAACGUAAGUCACUCUUUACUUGUUUCUUGUGGUUUUUUUCCCUCUGAAUUUUAAAAGUUAAUAUUCUCUUAUGUAGCAUCCUAUUAGCAGAAAAAGAUGACACAGUACUCCUAGCAUCAUUACCACUAUAACUGACAUUUAGAACCUCCUGGCACCAUGACACCUUUAUAACAAUGACGGUAUUGUGACAUGACGCCCAAGGCGCCAUCUUCAGGGGUUAAAACGUUUGAAGGCGACAUCCAAUAGGGAGAUGGAAAUUGAGGUGCAAGCACUGAAAGUAUAGUACUCCUGCCGCGGCCCAAGCACUGUCCUUGCAAUAGCAGCUCUGCUGCUUCCCUGCAGGUGGGCUAUACUUCAAAAUAAACUGCCUGCCAAGCACCCUACACUGUUUGUCCUUGGUGUCAGGUGAUAACUUUUUCACAUCCCUGCCCAAUCACUCUGCCCACCAACAUACUAAUUUUAGUCUGUUUUAUGAAUGGGGUGCUAGUGAUGGGCUGUGAGCUUACCAACAAAGGAAGUUUCUGGUAAGAAUGAUUGGUGCGUCUGCCUAGAACCUUUGGCGUAGAAAUGGAUAUUUAAUAAACUCUGAAUUUACAUGAACUAAAUCCAAAUUUAAAAACUGAACUGGAACACAACCUUUUGCCUCAGUUUUUCAAUUUAGAUUUGCUGUGUAAAAAUUUGGAUUUUAAUGAAUAAAACUGAGUGUUUCACCCUCUGCCACACCCUCCCCUGCCCCCACAACAAUGUGUGUGUGUGUGUGUAUAUAGGCUGUGUGUGAUGCUUGCUGGCUGUGUUAUGCCUCCCUACUGCCUCUGCAGGAAGGGGGCUAUGGUGUCUAGUGGAACUUGGGGGAACAAAAAGGUGCCUAGUAGGGGUUUAAAAAGUGCCUUCUGGUCCAGUUGGUGCAGACCACAGUUAUCGCUCCCUCAUAGUCUUGCGCUCAGUCAGAGUGCAUGCUGGGUAUGACAGUGGGUGUGCUGUGACUCACAGGUGAGCACUAAACCACGAGAGAGCAAUUACUGUGGUCACACCUGCCCUUCCAGCCCUGGUUCUGAUCCUCCAUGUCCCUUGUAACAGCCCUGCUUUUUGCGAACAACACGGCUAAAGGCAGGAAAAAAAAAACAGCCUGCCCAAAACUUUUACUCGGGCAAUAGGAAUUCUACAACCCUGAGGUUAAUGUUGAUUAAGAAUAUCCACAUUUCUCUUCCAAGGCCCCACAGUGUUAGCAAUGUCAGCAGGGGAAGUGGGGGGUCUUUGUGGCAAAAAGAAAGACUCCAAAAGUAAGUUUUGCUUUAAUAAAAGCCAGAGUACCCAGGAUGUUGGCUUUUUAAAGGCUACUAUUAUUAUGUUAUUAUUUAUAUAGCGCAAACCAAUUCUGCAGCGCUUUACAGUGGGUGGACGAACAAACAUGUAGUUGUAACCGGGCAAGUUGGACACACAGGAACAGAGGGAUUGAGGGCCCUGCUCAAUGAGUUUACAUGCUAGAGGGAGUGGGGUAUAGUUGCAUCAGUCGGGAGCUAUUAACUGUUUAAUUGAUACGCUUUUAUGAAGAAGUGGGUUUUUAAUUUUAUUUUUUUGAAGGCGUGGAGACUGGGUGAGCCUCUAAUGGAGGAGGGAAGUGAGUUCCACAGGAAUGGUGCAGCCCUCGAGAAGUCUUGAAGGCGAACAUCAGAGGUGGGAGUAUGGACACAAGAUAGACGUAAGUCUUCAGAGCUUAGGGGCCUAGACGGGACAUACUUGUGUAUUAGGGAGGAUAGAUAGGUGGGGUCGGAUGCGCGCAAUGUUUUAGAGAUGGAUGCAGCAGGAUUUGGCGAUAGACUGAACGUGAGGCGUGAAGAAGAGGUCGGAGUCAAAGAGAACACCUAGCCAGCCAGCCUGCGUGGUGGAGCUGAUGGUAGCACUAUUGACUUGGAGGGAGACAGACACAGGAGUAGCAACAAUUGAGGGAGGAAAGACCCAGAAUUUCAGAUUUGAUCAAGUUUAAGGAAGGGGGUUUGAUGCCCGUUGCCUUGGAGUUGUAUUUAAGGUAAAUCAGCCUAAUGUUACAGACUUCUGACAAUGUGGACUUGGCUGUUGUUAAAUGCCUCUUAUGUAAGGCAUCUGGCAGUAUUCUAACUGAGGCAACCCAGACAUCCAAUCACUUUGAUGGGCUUUUACAGAGCUCAAAUGCCUCAGUCUAUUCUGCAGACAUGGAGCCUCUGUACAUGCCAGAAACCGCAUUUACCAGGCUAUUGUUACAUGUCUAAAAAGUGAGGCAAUUUAGCAAUAAUCAUUGUUUAGCUUCCACUAUUGAUGUGGGAAGCAGUCACACUUAUAGGGAAAGAUUGUAGUAAAAACAACCCCUUUUCUAAACAUAACAUAGACCUUCCAUACUCUUACAACAGUAUUGCUUACAGCUUCAGGCAGACCUGCUCUUACAAGGAAGAGACUCUAUGAAUCAGGAGGUUUUUUUUUUUUGGUUUUUUUUUAAUCUAGUCUGUGGUGUCUUAUCUGUCCAGCAUGAAUUAAUGAGAUGGGUAGCAGCAUUUUCACUGAACAUAUAGGAUAAAUAGAACUGCUCUCUGAACUGAUACCAGUUGUACCAUGGAUGCUAUCAUGUUAUAUGCAGCCUAAUUCAUAGUUUUCAAAAUUCAGUGUCCUGCAGGUGGCAGAGCCGCUGUCUUAUGGUCACAGCUGCAGCUCUGUUCUGCUUUCAUUAGGAGAGAGAGAGCAAGUCAGUUUCUGUUUGUGGAUUGUGCAUGCCAGUUUGUCAAAAUAUAUAUCUAAAAUGCUUGCUUAUAAUCCUAUAACCUCAGCUCAACAUUUCCACACACCCCCUCUAGCCAUUGGCGAAUGAAAAUGUGUCACCCCUCUUUACUGUGCUUGGACCCUUGAGACUUGCAGUGGCAAGUAGCAUUUGUCUAAUGCACAUCAGAAUUAAAAUACUAACAUUGAAAAUGAAAUGAUGUGUUCUGCAAAAAUGUCUCUAAAACCAAACCAAAAAAACCCCUCAAAGCAUAAGCAGUUAGCUUAAAAAAAAACAAAAAAAAAACACAAACCUUGGUAUAUGUUAAUUGCACUCGACUUGUUAAAGGAACACUGCAAACACCAUUACCUUACACCUGGACAUGCAGUUCCUGGUGUCAGGCAGGACAGGGAAAGCUCUAUCAGCGGCAAGCUGCUGUUCACAGUGUAGUGUGAGGAGUGACAGCAGCUUCUCCUCACGACGCACAGGGCUAAAGGCCGUCAGGAUACAGCAUGAUGUCAUAUCCCAACAGUUGACCUGGCAGAGAAAGCAUGGGACAGCCUGGAACCCACUACAGAGCAUCCAAGCAAUUGCUCGUAGUUUGUUCUGUGUGUGAAAAUAUGUAAUUUGUGUGUGAGUGGAUAUGUGGCAGUGUGUUUGUGUAGGUGUGUAUCCUAAUCGGAGCCAACACACACCAAACAUGCAGAAAUUACAUUAAGGCUGCAUACACCACGUUUGCAAAACUAAGCACAGUGAGUACUCCAUGCACACACAUAACACACAGCCACAGCCCACACACACAGAGCAUAGUCAGCACACCCCGCAGACACCGAGCAUAGUCAGCACACCCCGCAGACACAUGACUCAUUACGACAAAGGCAAAAGUCUUUGUAAUGUAAGAUGGUGAGACCGGGUAAUUCACAAAACUCUUUUGCUACAUAAAUGCAAAUGGUAAAAAUUGAGGCUAAAAUAGCCUUAUUGUGACUUGAGCGGACAAGUAGAUGAAAGAUAAGUAGAUUUGACUGCUGCAUUAGUGCCUUUGACAAGUAGAUUUAACCCCUUAAGGACUGGACUGUUUUUGCGAUGUUGUACAUUUGCGACCAGGCAUAUUUUUACACUUUUGUGGUGUUUGUGUUUGUCUGUAAUUUUCCGCUUUCUCAUUUACUGUUCCCAUACAAAUUAUAUAUUGUUUUUUUCAGGACAAAAGGGGCUUUCUUUACAUACCAUUAUUUAUAUAAUCUCAUGUAUUUUAAUUUAAAAAAAAUAAAAAAAUAUGAUGAAAAAUUGAAAAAAAUACAUGUUUUUUGACUUUUACUUGAAAAAUCUUUUACUCAUCUACAAAAGCGAAUGAAAAAAACUGCUAAAUAGAUUCAAAAUUUUGUCCUGAGUUUAAAAAUACCCAGUGUUUACGUGCUUUUUUGCUUUUUUUUGCAUGUUAUAGGGCUAUAGGUACAAGUAGGAUAUUGCGGUUUCAAAACAUACAUUUUUAAAAUUUAUCAAUAGUGACAUUGUAACACUAUUAUCUGUCAUAAAUCUCUGAAUAACACCCCACAUGUACAUAUUUUUUUUAAAGUAGACAACCCAGGGUAUUCAAUAUGGGGUAUGUCCAGUCUUUUUUAGUAGCCACUUAGUCGAAAACACUGGCCAAAGUAAGCAUUCAUAUUUGUUUGUGUGUGAAAAAAGUAAAAAAACUAAAUUGAGCGCUAAUUUUGGCCAGUGUUUGUGACCAAGUGGUUACUAAAAAAGACUGGACAUACCCCAUUUGCAAUACCUUGGGUUGUCUUCUUUUGCAAAUGGUAUGCCAUCAUGGGGGUAAUUCUCAUUCCUGGGCUACCAUACGCUCUCAAAGGCAACGUAACCAACCUGGCCAUUUUCAAUGUAAAAAUAUUUGACCCUGUAACUUUCAAAAAUACUAUAAAACCUGUACAUGGGAGGCUACUGUUUUACUCGGGAGACAUCGCUGAACGCAAAUAUUAGUGUUUCAAAACUGGAAAACGUAUCACAACAAUUAUAUCAUCAGUAAAAGUGCUGUUUGUGUGUGAAAAAUGCCAAAAAAGUCACUUUCACUGACAAUAUCAUCGCUGUGAUAUGUUUUACUGUUUUGAAUCACUAAUAUUUGUGUUCAGCGAAGUCUCCCGAGUAAAACAGUACCCCCCAUGUACAGGUUUUAGGGUGUCGUAGAACGUUACAGGGUAAAAUACACUGCUAGAAAAUUAAAUUCUCUGGACUUUCAGCCUGGGUUGGCAGGCAGGUCCCUCAAAUUGCAAUCAAUAAAAUUACAUAAAUACGCACGUAGAAUUUAAAUAUAUAUGCAUAUUUAUAUAUUUGAAGUCUACAUGUAUAUUUAUAUAAUUUAUGUAAAUUUGUAAAUGGACAUAUGUAUAUUUUGUAUUUUUAUUUAUAUAUACAUAGAUAUAUAUACAAAUUCAUUCUAAGUGUAUUUUGAUAUAAAUAUAUAUAUAUUUUAAAAUACAGUUAGAAUAAAAUUUCAUAUAGAUAUAAUUCUUUUUUUAAAUUUUUAUUAUUUUAAAAAUGUUUAAUUUAAAUUACUUAUUUAUAUUUUUCAUAAAAUAUAUAUAUAUAUAUAUAUAUAUAUAUAGUUAUAAUUAAAUUACACACGUGUGUGUGUGUGUGUGUGUGUGUGUGUGUGUGUAUAUAUAUAUAUAUAAUAUAUAUAUAUAAUGUGUGUAUUUUUAUAUAAUAUAAGUACAUAUUAAUAUAAAAAUACACUUAGUAUGACAUUAUAUAUAUAUAUAUAUAUAUAUAUAUAUAUAUAUAUAUAUAUAUAUAUAUAUAUAUAUAUAUAUAUAUAUAUAUAUAUAUAUAAAACAUUUUUUAUUAACACUAACUUUAUUUUUUUUUAUUUUAAAUUUUUUUACACUAGCAGGGAGACUGCCUGUCAGCACAGGCAUUCCCCCUGCAGGCAGACACAUGGACACCUAUUGUGACCAUGUGAUCGCUGUGUUGAACGAUCACAUGGCCACAGGGGUCCUAAUCCAGUGUGGGGAGACUGUCUGGGCUGCAGGCAGUCUCCCCACACCGGGAGCAACGCUGAUCGCCGCCGGGGGAACGACGGCGAUCAGGUAAGUAACUAGGACCGUCAGCGGUCGGCAAUGGGAAAAUGCCAAUCACGGUCCUGAACCGUCCUCGGUCCUUAAGGGGUUAAUUACAAGCAUUUUAGCAUGAACAGUUUUCUUAAAUAUUUCAUCAUGUAUUAAAAUUAUAUUUACUGUACACCAUAUUUUUAUUACAACUAAUGUAUUUUCGUGAAAGCCAUUGAUGUAAAAAAAAAUGUUCUUUUAUUUACUUUUCUUAGUUUUGCCCCAUGUAUUUGGUGUCCCACUUAUCUUUAUUGCACAUGCUGCAACACAGCCAUCAGAUGUCUUUAUCAUGCUGUGGAGUAUGCAGUAUGAAUUUUGGUUAGGGAUUCUGCACUGCCUUUUUAGAAUAUCUCUAAGGAAAAUGUAUGGAUGGCACAUUUAGUAGAGUUCAGUUCCACACCUUCCCAUUUUCCACAUCCUUUCUGCAAUUAUUUUUGUUCUAGUGUUUCAUAACUUUGUAUCUAGCCAUGCAGAAAAUACAAUUGAACACUUACUUAUUUUUUUUUUAUUUUUUUUCUGUAACCUCUGAUGCCAUCAUUUUUGGGAUCAUAGUUUCAAGCUGAUUUUUUUUUUUACAGCUUUGUGUUUCUCUGUCUGUUCGUGACAAACUCGCUACUGUACAUUCACAUAGAGCAGUACACUCUUUGCCACUGGCAGUCGCUCUGUGACAGAGCGCCUGUAGGCUGACAUAAAGUGCAGCCUGUUGUGAACAGCUAAAUGAGAGUCUGCCAAAAAACUCAGCAGACAGAACUAAUUGGGGAGAAAAAGGAUUUUUGUGCCCUCAUCUCUCCCUCUUCCAUUUUUUUUUUCUUCUUCUUCAAGACAGAUAUUGUUAAAGAAACGUGUUUAUGUAAGAUUUGUCUGUCUCUGUUUUCUCAUUGCAUGAAUCAUUUUUAAAUUUAAGUCUUGCACUGCAGGUCACUGAGCACUUCCACAUGGAGGUUGGCACAGAACCAAGCUCAAGACACGCACCUCAUCACCGUGGAUGAAAAAUUGGUAAGGUUUUUUUUUUCCCCCUACUUCUUCAAACCUCUUGCAAUUGCCUCCAGGCACUCUUAAAUUUCAAUAGGCAUUCAUUGUGGUAACCAAUACUGCUCUGUCAAAUGUAAGCGAAUAUGGGCUAUGCAGUAAAAAAGAGAGUACAAUGCAAAAAGUACUCUUUUAGGGUGGGAUGAACUGUCUGUCAACAAGUACACAAGCUUCAACAGUCCCAUAAAACUAUGUUGGCACACUAAUUUUGUAUACAGCAUUAUCAUCCAACUGAAGCAGAUUAUGUUGUGUGUUUGGCAAUAGUGAUUUCUUUAUUUGUUGUGUUUAUUUUUUCAUGUAUUGGGAUUAGUAUGUUUGUUUAAGGACUUACAUUUAAAUUCAUUAUUCUCUUUUUGACCUGACAGCAAUGUCUUAACACACAACAAAAAUGAUUUGUGCAUUCUUUCAAAAAGAAAUCGGUACAUGGAAGGUUUGUGAGUAGCUCAUUAGACAUAAGUCUGCAUGUGUGCUAUCUUUUUGAUUUGCACUGGCAGAUCAUGAACCUUAUUCACCUAGAACCGGGUUCUCCAAACUCUGGAUCUCCAAAUUCACUGAACUGCAACUCCCAUUAUUAUCUGGCCAGUAAUUUCAUUUAAAGAUUCAUGGGAGUUUUAGUUCAGCAACAUCUGGAGGGCCAGAGUUUAGAGAACCCGGACUUACAAGCCAAUCUCCUAGGGAUGUUUAGUUUCUGGGGGAGAGUACUAAUUAAGGAAGUAGUAGCAAUAAAGAGCAGCCACUAUUCUCAUCACGUCCGGUACUAAAAGCUUGGGACUGUACAUCCAGACAUUUUAGUACUAUCCUGACUCUGUACUCCUCUACAACUUGUGAGCCAAGUACUGAUACACUAAACAUAUUGGGCAUGUCAUUAUAUUGUAAUAAAAAUGCCUAAAGUGUAGAAACCAACAUGGACUACAGUCCCAGUGUCACCCGGUCAAUCAUAUUGCUGGUUCAGCAUCAUAGUUACAUAGACCACUGCAUCUGCAGUAUCAAAGAUUUGCAGUCACUCACAUGAAAAUUAAAGACCACAGAAAGUGACAUUACCGCUUUAAUCCCUACUAGCGAAGCUUAAAUAUGCCACUAGAACUGUUAAUCUGUUAAAUAUUGCAUGACAAAAAAAACAAAACAAUAUCUCAGCUUUCACAGGUAACUCACUGCAGCUGUCUCCUUGAGGGGCGAUAUUUUGCGAAUUCACUGCUGCUCUUCCUCUAUUUCUGCCUUUUCUUCAGCUCCUGGUAUGUUUAUGCCAGGUCUGUGUGUGGUUUUAGAGUUGAUUAUUAUUAUUAUUAAUAUUAAUAAUUAUUUAUUUAUUUAUUUUUAUGGACUACAAAUCUUCGACCCCUUAUAUUCUAUACAGUAGUGGAAAACUUUUGGAAAUUCUGCGUUUCCAAGGAUUGAUGACAUGAACAUCAGUCUUCACUGCAUCAAUAACCAAAUUAUCUAGUAAAAUAGGUCUUUUUAAAAAAGGUUUUUCUAAGGUAGAAAGGAUAGCAAUAACUUGUAGUAUACUUAUUGCAGCCACUUGUGUAUUGCCAUGUAAUUGGAAAUCUCUAGAGAUUCCUCAAAGAAAAUAAAUCAUUGCAAUGGUAUUGAAGAAUAGAGGUUUCAAGCUAACUCUACGACAAUCAUCAUCUAUAUAUGCCCAAUUGUGACAGGUGUUAGAUGACUGGGUUCAAACAAUUUAACACACAACAAGUAUUAUCCAUUAAUUAUUUUAAUACCUGGAUGUAAGUAAAUAUAAACUGUUCCUUAAAAAAAAAAAGUAUAUAUUCAACAACUAAUUACGUGCACAUUCUACACCCUAUUUCUUUUCUCUCUUUCUUCCUCUUCCUUUAUAACCAGUUUACCCUUUUCCUUAUUUUGUCUUCUUUUGUACAAGUUAUUUAAUGUAGUGUAUAUUAUAUGCUAUAUCAAUGUAAUAUGUAUUGUAAUAUUUAAAUUACAAAAGUAUUUGAAAGAAUAAUGCCUUAAAAUUGCUUAUCCUUAGAAAGUUUAUUUCUUGUAGUAUGUAAUGACCCGCACUGUUGAAUAAUCUUUAUUCUAUCAAAAGUUAUAGCAAAAUAACAGUAAGAAGGAAACACAACUGCCUUAUGUAAGCCGAAGUACAUGUCCUUAACUCAGAAAUGACCAAUGGGAAUGACUGACUGUUCUGACAGCCAACCAGGUGGUGUUAUGACACAGCAGGGAACUAAGAGUUUUCAUUUCCACAUGUCAGAGCUAAUCGGAAUCCUAUUUGGUUGUGUGAGUGACAUAAAACUGACUGCUGACUUUUUUGAUUACUGUUGUAUUGCUUAUGGAUGUUUCUAUUCCUUCAUAACUUGCUAAGAUGACAUAGUGAAGAGUUGACUGGUCACCUAGAAAGUUAUGUAAAACAAUAAGUUUGCAUGGCGAAGGCUACACUUAUGUGGAAGCCAUGAGAAAAGUAAGUGGAAAUUUAAACAUAAGAGAUAUUACUAAACCGUGCAAGAGUUCUAUGCAGAUUCAGUCAAUUCAAAACCAAACUGGUAAAGACAGGAAAAGAUGCACAACCGCACUUAGUAAUUGAAAAAUUAAAAAAAAUUGAGGGCCAACACUAUAAGACACAGACUCAGACUUUGAAUUCCAAGGAAGAAGCUAUUUAUAUCUCCCAAAGAAAGGAAAUAAAUUUGAAUGGCCUAAAAACAUGUUAAUUGGUCAGGGGAACUAUAGCUCAGAGUCAUCUGGAGUGAUGAGACCAGAAUAUCAAUACUUUGUACGUAAGCAGAAGAAUUGGAGAAGACUUUCUUUCUGAUUGUGUUACAGCUACCACAAAGCAUCUGGGGUUGUAUGACCGCAAAAGAUAUGGGCAGAUUUUGUGAUUGAUACUUUUUUUUUUUUUUAAUCUUUAUUUUUAUUGUGCAUUUAAUAACAAGUAAGCUUGCCACGACAGCGAUACCAGACAUGGCAAAAACAGACAAUGUAAAGUAGUAUUCAGAGAAGCUGCACAUUUUUUUUGUAUUAUAUCAACAGCCUAGUAAGCAUAAACGUCAGUAGCUAAGUAGAACGAGACAUUAUAGAAAUCUGGCUACAGUGACUGACCGUGUGGUCAGUUGUAUUUUGUGAUUGAUACAUAUUUUCCAUAAUGGAGUCUAUAUAGGUCAGUAGUAUUCGCACCUUGUAAUGUUGCAGCUGUGUGCAAAUAGUGGUUUCAGGAAAUUUAUAUUACAGUACUAGAAUGGCUAGGUAAUAGCCCUAUCUGUCAGAAAAACCAAGGAAAAAAAUACAAAUUGAUAAGAGCAAUCAUGCAAUCUUAGUUACACAUAACACUUGAUGAAGAUUAACACUUGGCUCACUCCAUGGGAUGGAGACUUAAGACUGUAAUUGCAGCAAAAAGAUCAAAUAUAUUUCUCCGUGGUUUUCUUUGCUUUAUCGUGGUUUUCUGUGUGUAACACUUUUUUUUUUUUUCUUUUUUUUGUGCUGGGAUCAGCAUAUCCAAUAUUAUAAGCAUAACAUAAGAGACACUUUGUAUUAGAACAAUACAUAACGAUAACAAGAGUAUAGACAGUCAGCUUAUGCUUGUGAGUUUAACCCUUUAAGGACACAUGAUGGAAAUAUUCCGUCAUGAUUCCCUUUUAUUCCAGAAGUUGUGUCCUUAAGGGGUUAAGCACAUUUCAGAAUUUUGUAAUACAAGUUAGGGUUCAUACCGGGUCUGGUGUAGGGAUUAUUGAAGUGGGGUGGUCGUGACCAUUCGUUUUAGAUUACCCAGGAUAUGCCAAGCUGGUGCGGAGAGUGUCGGGUUAGAAUGUGCCAGCGUGGGGUGGAGGGUGAAGAAUAAGUAUACGGUGAUGCAAGAAGUGAGGCAAUACGUGUGCUAGUGGGAUGCCAGAGAGAUUUGGGCGAGCCAUGUGGUGUGCCUGGUGAGCUUGGGUAGAGGAGGAGUCCUUAAGGAUGGACACUGCAGUCUGGACGUCUGCGAUAUCAUCCUCUGCGUCUGACACGUUCUUUCACCUGCUGUCUUUCCACUUUGACGAGGGCCACAUUAGCCACAAGCAGCUUUUGGAUGUCAGCCAGGAGGAUUUUCAGAUCCCUUUUGGUAAUACAGGCUGAGACAUCAGAGGACUCUGGAGGUAAGGCUUUGGUUGUCUGCGGGGCCCCUGGGGUAUCAGGCUCCCUCCGCUCCGGUAUUAACGAGGCGGAAUGAGCAGGGGCUCCCCGCGCGACUACUCGGAUUGCGCGGGCCCUUUCCACAUUUACGCGAUAUCAAUACCUGGGGUUGAGGUGGUAGCCUUUUGUGUGCGGCGACCUAUGUUUCGUGUUGCAGUGGUUUGCGCUCCCUGCGGUCCUCCGAACAGGGCCCUCGAGGUUUGGGAGUGGUGAGGCCAGGUAGGUUGCUGUCUUAUGGCGCUACGUAGAUGGCUUUGAUGCUUGAAAGAAAGGCAUCUAUAGCUCCAGCAUGCCUUCUCGAAAUAUUGGUACAGGUUUUAUCUCUGGAUGAGCUUUGUGGAGAGCGAUAUUUAGGUAGAUUGAGCAGGCUUUAGGAGAGUUUUGAGGUGGCGUCCAUUCGAGUUAACAGGCAAGCUCCGCCCCUCGUGUGUAACGCUUUUAAAAAUAUUUGUUGCAUUAAAUUAUCUUUCUAGUGAUUUAUAAUGUUUUGGGUAUAUUAUGAGCCAUCACACCUGUGAAAUAUGUAUUUCCCCAUAGUUUUGCAAAAGUCUGACCAGUAGUGUAUUUUAGAGGUUGACUUAUCCGGUGAAUACAGUCCUAAACUGAUAUUGCACCUAACAUUUUCAGGCAUCAACUUACUUGCUGACCUAUAUGGUACAUUUAGUCAAAGGCUAUUUUUUGUAAUUCCAGUAACGCAGUAAUUUGUUUCUCACUGACUCCCUGGCAGAAGGUACAUGAUGGGAGGGGGGGUGAUUCAUACAUUUUAUAAUAUGCCUAUUUGAAUUAAACUCCACAUGUUGAUUUUCCAUUUGGGUGGGAGACGACCUAAAAUUAAGAUUUUCUUCUGUAUUAAUAGUUUUCUCUUUGUGUAGGUGUGGUAUAUGUGGGGGGUUUUCCCCAUUUUUUUUUUGUUUGUUUGUUUGUUUUCUGUGGAAUACAUUGUGGCUUGUUUUUCUGUGGGUUUAGAGACUAUAUGCUAAUGAGAAUUCCCUUUUAUUGGGAGCUGCUGACCUGCAAAUAUGUCUGAUGUUACGAAUUCAGUAUAGUUUAACAAAUGUUAGUUUCCAGGUAACUUUGUAAUUUACAUUUAUUUUAUGGUGUGAAGUCUUUAGAGGAGAGCAAUACCACUGUGGUUUUUUUCUUUUUUUUUUUUUCUUUUAAACAUUUGCUUUUGGAAUAUGAUGCCUACAAUGCAAUUAGAAAUAAAAAAAUAGAUGACAUUCUUGUUCUAAUUAGUAGCAGAUUAGAAUUUUGGCAACUCUUUGUUAAAGAGCUGUGCUAUGUGUGGUCUGUUAUUUCAUAUGCAACCUGAUAUUUAUGCUUACUUUACUCCAAGCACAAGUAAGACUUCCCAACUUUCUCUGGUAAUGGGUCAAAGAAAAUGCAUUUUUUUCUGUUCUAAAAUGCAUUAUUAGAACGUUUCUUAUAUAUUUUGUUUUCCUCCUCUCUCCUUAUAAAGAUUUUCUCAUGUAUAUCAUGAUCAGGGAAUUGGAAGCUAUUUUAUAAUAAUCCAUACAUUAUAUCAGAAGUGUAAAAAUUAACUGUUCUCUAUUAACCAUUUGUCUUACCAUUGCAUUAAAAAUGCUGUAAUUGUCUUGGUCAACAACUCAAAUAAGUGUACACUCACCUUUAAUCCCACUUUGUGAUGGUAAUCAUUUCUGAUAAUCUUAGCCAAUCCAUUUCUUCUCUGUAGAGGAUUAUGCAUCAAUCAGCAUCCCUUCAUAGAGAUUGCUUUAAACCAGUGCAUUUCCAAGGAGUGAGUUAAGCAUUUAUACAGUGUUAUAACAACGAAUAUCGGUUUAGCAAAAGCUAUAGUACUGUCUGAGUGACAGUCGCUAUAUAUGUCCCUGGUGACAAAUGUAAAAACAGCGUUUGGCAGAAAAGGCAGUGUUUACACUUUAGAGACUGCAGUAACAGUCUCUUUGUACCACUACCUUAAAUUAACACUCCAUUUUUAAAAGUGUGUGUGUUUUGUACACACAUGGUUUUACCAGUCCAAUAAAAUAGGAUAUAAAACCUGUAAUGAGAAAAAAAAAAAACUAAUGUAGUAGAUCAGUGAGUAAAAGCAAUAUGGUUGAUGUAAGCCACACUCUGAUACUACUGAACUUCAGAGGCAGGCUCAGACAUUUAGCACUACCUAAUGGUAAUGCCCACAUCUAUUCACCCAGCAGUCUCUGGUCACUCGUUUCCUUGUCUUUUUUUAGUCCAAGUAUCAAUUAAGAUGAAUAUAAGUCUUCAUCAAGGUGCUUAAAGGACCACUAUAGUGCUCUGAGGGUUCCCCCACCCUCAGGGUCCCCCUCCCGCCGGGCUGGAUGGCAAGGAAAGGGAUUAAACUUAUCUUUUUUUCCACCGCCGGGCGGGGAGCUCUCCUCUCCGCCUCCUAUUCGUCUCUUCGGCUGAAUGAGCAUGCGCGGCAGGAGCUGCGCGCACAUUCAGCCAGUCUCAUAGGAAAGCAUUCAUAAUGGACGUUGGCGUCUUCUCACUGUGAUUUUCACAGUGAGAAGCACGCAAACGCCUUUAGCGGCUGUCAAUGAGACAGCCUCUAGAGGUUUUAGAGGCUGGAUUAACCCAUUUAUAAACAUAGCAGUUUCUCUGAAACUGCUAUGUUUAUUAAAAAAAAUGGGUUAAUCCUAGAGGGACCUGGCACCCAGACCACUUCAUUAAGCUGAAGUGGCCUGGGUGCCUAGAAUGGUCCUUUAAUUACCAUUUGGAAAAAAUAAACUAUUUCUAAAGGUAAAUGCACAAAAUAUACGUGCCACAUGUAGUGGACGAAGUGUGUUUAGACAGGGGAGAUGUGUGUGUAUGUGUGUAGUGGAUGCAGUGUGUGUAUAUAGUGAAUGUAGUGUGCGUAAAGUGAAUGCAGUGUGUGUGUGUGUGUGUAUAAUGAAUGCAGUGUGUGUGUUUGUGUAUAUAUAAUGAAUGCAGUGUUUGUGUAGUGUGUGUGUGUGUGUGUGUGUGUGUGUAUAUAUAUAUAUAUAUAUAUAUAUAUAUAUAUAUAUAUAUAUAUAUAUAUAUAUAUAUAUAUAUAUAAUGAAUGUAGUGUGUGUGUGUGUGUGUAUAUAAUGCAGUUUGUGUAGUGUGUGUGUGUGUGUGUGUGUGUGUGUUUUUUGUUUUUGUGUAGUGUAUAUAAUGAAUGCAGUGUGUGUGUGUAUAUGUUUGUGUAGUGUGUGUGUUUGUGAAGGGAUGUAAUUUGUUUAAAAUGGAGGGGGAGGCGGGGCAUUUUUUUAUUUUUUAUUUUUAUAUAUUUAUUUUCCUCCCCUCCCUGCUUGUUACCUGACCAGGGUGGGGGGCUAUGGCAUUCCCUGGUGGUCCAGUGGCAUGUACUGAGCAAUGGGGGGCCAGCAAGCUGUUACCUUCCCAGCCGCUCCCUGUGUAAAUCUCGCGCUCUGCGGCCGCGGGAAUCGCAAGAUUUACAAAGGGAGCUGCUGGGAAGGUAAGUAACAGCUUGCUGCCGGCCACUCCAGGACCGCCAGGCUUGUCAUGAGCCCGGCGGUCCUAAGAGGUAUUAUCGGCAAUAUUGGCCGAUAUCGAUAUUGCCGAAUAAUGGCCGAUAAUAUCGGUAAAACCGAUAAUCAGUCGAACCCUAAUUUUUUUUAAAUUACCGUCAGCUUUGUUAGUCGUUGCACCUUCCCCAAUAAUACACUUCACCGAUGUAACUCUACAACUGUGUGAUGUCAUCCACAAAACUCCACCAAUUGUCAUCUUUGGUCCUCUUUUAAUGUUGUGACGCCGAAAUAAACAAGGGUUUAUUUUUUGUAUCUUCUUAUUGAACAUACAUUUUAAAAGCUUUGAUAUCCAUAUAUUGCUUCAUAAUAGCAAAGUAAUAGUGGAUAUCCAUAUUAUAUACGUCUAUUAAAGCGGCACUGUCAUGCCGAACUUACCUUUCCUCAAUCUCUUCCUCUUCUCUCCCUCUCUCAGGAUCUGUUCAUUUCUUCCUGUCUUCUUCAGUUUUCUUUAAAAUCAUAAGACAAAGUAGGGACCCUUUGCCUUAUGGAGGUUUCCUCCGCUUGACCAGCUUUGACCACCGGAGGAGCAAAGUGUGCUUCAUUUCUGCUGGUCAGAGCAAUCUUCCCACAAUUCUCACCUUUCCUCCCUGUUCCCACGAUGCUUGAAAUCCACCCAAUCACAGUGCUCUGUGUCAUUUUACACAGCGUGGGAAAAUUUCAAAAAACUUUCCCACGUUGUGUAAAAUGACACAGAGCACUCUGAUUGGGUGGCUUGAAAUCCAUCCAAUCACAGUGCUCUGUGUCAUUUUACACAGCGUGGGAAAGUUCUUUGGAAUUUUCCCACGCUGUGUAAAAUGACAAAGAGCACUCUGAUUGGCUUAAACCCACCAGAGUGUUCUUAGCCUAACUGCAGGGCAAGGCUUUAUAAGCCUUGCCCCGCCCUGCAGAGCUCAGUCUGCGCGGAGCCCUCCAUGGGUGAAGAUGGAUUAAUUUUUUUAGCGUCAGGUUUUUUCUUUUUCGUCUGGAUUCAUUUUUUAUUUUUUUUGCGAUCGGGUUUUUUAUUUUAAGUUAGACAAGUAUGGUGGCUUUUUAUUUGGCCUUUUUGGGGGCUGAAAAAAAUUAUUGGGACCCCUAGUCACCUUGAUUGGUGGGGGGGGAGGCUGGAGGGAAGGACAGUAGGUCCCCCUCCCUUAUUGUUUUUUUUAGGGCCCCCACCCACCGCUCAGGGGUGGAGGCCAGGUGGGGAGGACAAUAGGUCCCCCCCCCUCACCCCACCAUUCUUAUCUAGGGCACCCACCCACCGCUCAGGGGUGGAGGCCAGGGGGGAGGAAGGACAGUAGGGGAUGUUUUUAUUUGGGUGGGGGGGGGUGACUAGGGGCUUGGGACCCCUAAUCACCUUGAUUGGGGGCCCCCUCUCAGGGGUGGGGGCCGGAGGGUAGGACAGUAGGUGUCCCCCCCCCCUUAUUGUUUUUUAGGGCCCCCACCCACCGCUCAGGUAAUACUAUCUCUUGAAGGCGCACCCUUUCUUUCUUGCUAUUCUUCUAUCACAGUGUUUACAUUACAGCCUAGGGAUACCUCCACUGGCCACUCCUCAGGUGGCUACUAGAGGUGCUUUCUAGGUCAGUGCUGCACAGUGUUGACCACUAACAUUGUGUCCCCACCCUCUGCAUGGAGAUACUAAACUUUUCUCAUAGAGAUGCAUUGAUUCAAUAUAUCUUUAAGCCGUCAGUGAGCAGAUCUCUAAAACUGGACCCAGCUAAAGGGGGAGACCUAGGUAUUGAGCAAUGCCUGAGUCUCUAUUCUACCUAGCAUCCGCAGGGAUAUAGCCCUGACUUUGCAUGCUGUCAUGUAGAAAAUAUGUAGUAGGCUGUCCUGUGGAAAUCCAAAUUUUGGUACUGGCUAUCAAAGGUUGGUCCUUGUUCAGCCAGACCACGAUAAUCGAUCCUCCAAAAUGUGCUUAAGUGGUUUUGUACCAUCAAAGUGAAAUAUAAAUGUCUAUCUUUCUCAAGACUUGAUAUUAUUGCAUGCUGUCAUGCGGUGUUAAAGCUUUGCACUGCAUGAUGACAUUGAUCAUCAUGCAAUCCUGAAAAGCAUUGGCAAUACAAAUCUAAUUUCCUAAGGCUUUAGUGUUCCUGUCCCUAGUUAUAGUGGGGAACCAUAUAAAAAAAAAUCUUUUACAUUUUUUUUUUUUAUUUACGUACCUUUUUCCAGUGCCGAGGCUCCCUCGGCAAAGCUUACCUCUCCUUCUUUUACAAUGUCAUGAAGGAGGCAUGUCUGCCUCAAACUAAGGUCCUAUCAAGUGCUCCUCAUAGAGUAACUUUGAAGACCUGAUGAGCAUGCCACGUGUUCUUCCCCAUAGGAUAGCACUUCCUAUAGUGUUUGCAAUGUAAUGUUCUUGCAGACCCCCAUACAAUGACAGUCAAUAUAAUAGCCAUUGGUAGUGUGUUUAGUCCUUUAAUAUUUUCCUUAAAUGGUUAAAAUGACAGGGCCACUGCACCCUGGAUACUUCAUUGAGAUAAAGUGACCUGGGUUAAUUUUAGUGGCCAUUUAAAAGGUUGAAGGGACACUUUAGUCACCAGAGCAACUACAGCUUAAUGUAGUUUUUCUGGUGACUAAGGUCGGUCCCUGCAGGCUUUUUGCAGUGAACACUGUAAACCUCCACUGGCAACUCCUCAGAUGGCUACUAGAGGUGCUUCCUGGGGCAUGGAGGCACUAAACUUUCCUCAUAGAGAUGUUAUAGCGUCAGGAAUACAAGUUUAUUCAGUAUAUGAAUAUCUAUGAAUUGCUAAUGCAGAAUUCCCAUUUUGAUUCAGAAACCCAGUUGUGAUCAAAAAGUUUAAAUGGUUUAACCAAGAACUGGGAGAUGGCACCAGCAGCUUAAUUGUUACACUAUUUCAAUAUGAAGUGGUUAUGGUGCCUGGGUGCUCAUUUAAUAUUGGGCUACAUAAAGUAAUACCAAGUUGCAUAUGACAUUGUUAUAACGUGCCAGGGAAUGAUAAUCUAUUUUUAAAUAUCAAACCAGUGAUAGUCCUCUACAAAAUUCUUCUGCUUUAUUAGAUUAUGAUCUUUUCUUUGAUCAUACAUCUUUUUAAUUCCAGAGGUGAUUAACUGGAAGCCAGGCUGUUGUGGAAUUUAGUUUUCAUUUUAUCCAAACAAAGAAUGAAUGUGUUGUUGUUGCUGUUUUCCUCCACUGAUGAAUAACCAGACCACAUCACACACCAUGACUACUAAAGCAAAACGGAUGGGUUAGAAUUGCACACCUAUUUUCAGAAUGUAAGAAAAUGCAAAGUGAUAUGUGUAGUCAGAAUUGUUGUGUGGGGAAAUUGUUGUGUGGAUAGUUAAACCCUUAAAAUGCCAGAGGAUAGAGUUAGGUGUGCACAAUCAUUUUUUCGAGAGGGAUCCUUCCCCCAACCUUUUCACAACUUUUUUUUUUUUUUUUUUUUUUUUACUCCUGAACCAUUUCAUACUUUACCAUGUUUUCCUCCACAGUCCCAUUUUACAGUGGCAGUCCUACCCCAAGUUGCUUAUGUGGAAGUUGUCCACUUUCAGUGCCAGUUUGCUGCUCACCUCCCCACCAUUCACAAACACGGCUCUGGUUGUAAAGAAAUGACCAAGCUAUAAAGCGAGAAGCUUAUUAUGUCUGUCUGACAAAACAUUUUUACAUUUAAUUUAUAAAUUUUUUAUUUUCUUGCACCGGAUUGAUAUGUCACUUGUUCCAUGGGUGCAACAAACCUCAGCACAAAAGGCCAAUUAUCUCUGCACAUACAGAUUUCUACCACCAUGACCACUUCUAAAACUAGAAGUGGUCAUGGUAGUUAGAGUAACACUUUAGGAAAUAAAUUCUAGUAGUUGCCAACUAGGAAAUCUUACAACUGCAAUUGAACUAAAUCAUUUUGUUUUAAUAUGAGUAUUCAACUUGAGGGGAGAUGAAUAUUUUCUCAAUUUACAGAAAGGAAAUCUACAGAUUAUAACCAUGCUGACAGAUAAGGAACUAUAUUUGAGGAAGUCUGACCUUGAUAACGUUGACACAACUCACAUUUCAUUCAAGGCAAGUCCUGUUUAGGGCUGAGGGGAAAAAAUAAGGAUUGACGAAGGUAUUGCAUAUCAUUUUACUUGUAUGCUUUGAUCAGAAAACUGAGAAAUGUUUAACUUUGUAAUAGUAAACUAAUGUCAUACAAGGAAUUUCAAUAUAAAGGCUUUUUUUUUUAUUGACAUAAACACUAGAAAACUUUCUUUGUGUUCUGCAAAGUUACACAUUUUUUUUCCAAGCUAUAUGACAUGUUAAACUUAAUGUUUUUAAGUAAACAUGAUCUACUGUUCUGCAUUCCUGGCAUCAAAUAAACUAUCAAAUAAACUGCGCUCCGUUCAUCAAUCAGUGCGAAAUUCUCUAAUUCUGUCCAAAGCUGUCCCCCAAAAUUAGUAUUUUAUAAAGAUCAAAACUUUAUGUACUACUCAUUUUGACAGUGUUGGAAUUUCACUGACAUUCAAAACCAGCAAAGAGAUAGACAGAGACAAAGUGGGGACUACUUUGUCCCUGUGUAUUUCCUAAGCACUAGACACUGGGUUUAGCUGCUGCCAUCUAGAAAGGUCCGUCGUCGUCCCCCAUCCGUCACCAGUGGCUUCUGUAGGGAAUUCUCUCUGUCUAUGCGGGAAUCCCGUGGGAUUCCCCCAUGGACCUCAGUACUUUACUCCUGUGCAUGCGCAAGAGUGGCUCUGAAGAGGACCGGCCAGAGGAAGAUGCCCUUACCUGCGAGGGACAGGUUCUGAUAAGUAAAUCUCAACUUUACCUGUCCCCUCUGGUCACCGGACCACCAGCGGCAAUGUCAUUCAGGGGUCUUUGCGAAUUCAGUGUCAGUGCCUUUUUAAAUGUUGCCCGAGUCUCUACCAGCAGAGACCUAACCAUGCUGGCUUGUAGAAGGCAUAACAUGCCGUCCUGUAUUUUUUUUCAUUUAUUUAUUUAUCUAUUUUUUAUCUGCUUAUAUUAAAUACACAGUAAUUUUGACUGAAGCCAGCUUCAGGCAGAGCAACAGGAAGUAUAUCACCGGGUGUUUUCUUAUAAUGGAUCUUAAACACAUUUUGCUUAUAGUAUGCUUGUAGCUACUUUGUUUAAUCCACAACCAGGCUGUUGUAGAUGGUUACCGGGCUAUUUUUACUGUGUGUGUUCUUUCAGUCUUAUGUAGGUUGCUUGAUUUCCAGCAGUUUUGCUCACUCAGUGUCAGUGGCUGAGUUGUGCAUGUAUACUGAUAGUGAAAUGUUGGUGGGUUUGCUAUAUGUGUAUGUUAUACUUUUGUGUAAUUGUGUAUAAACACACACUCGUUCCAGGAAUACAUGCAAAUAAAAAUUUGUACACACUAAUAACCAAACACACAUUAUAUAUAUAUAUAUAUAUAUAUAUAUAUUUAGAAAUGUGUCAAUUUCUACUGAAAUCUGCUUCUUCGUUUUUUAUUUUAUUAUUUUCACACAAAGCACUUAAGCGUUUCAAUAGAAGACGUAUUGCCCAAUAUUGGAAGUUUAAAAAAAUCAAGUAUUUUUUUGAGAAUUGUGUACUCUGAUGUGGCCAGAACUGCAUAAACAGUGCGAUUUAACUCAUAAAUAGUAGAGCAGAUAGCAAGAGUUAUCUAUAUACCAAAAAAAAGAUACACAAUCAUAAAGCUAAACGUAUUUUGGUGUUUAGAGUGUUCCUUUAAACACACACUUGUUCCAGAAAUAAAUGUAUAUAAAAAUUUGUACACACCAAUACACAAACACACAUAUAUGUGUGUUCCAUACUGCCCUUCAGGGAUGCUGUGAGUAUUUUCUCCUCUUGUUUCUCUUCAACCGCUAUUGGAGGGUGGGUACCUCGGUUGAACUCCAUCUAGUUGGGAUUAGUAGUUUGGUGGAGGAGCAGUUGGAACAGGAAGUCUGAGUCUAGCAUGUCUUUGUUGUGUGUACGGCAUUCCAGAAAGGGGAUAUUUUGCUGCAAGACCACCAGAUGUUAAGAUCCAAGCCCACCUGUUCCUCUCAUCUCUGGCAGGUGUCAGGAGCUUCAGGCAGCAUACAAUGUAUUCUCUCUGGCGUUCUAUACCAUCCAAUCAACAGAUUGUAGUUGAGUUCCUGCUUUUUGGAGCACAUGGAGCUCUGGUGGGUUAGUAUGGGAAUUUUUGACCACUGAGAAUUCUUAGAGCGUGACACCCGUGGUUCUUUUUCACGUUUUUUUGCGGGUUCAUGCCGGUCUGAAAACUGGAGCAACAUGUACAGGACCAAGAUCCCUUUAGCUAGGUGUUCCCGUGCCCUGCACAGUUCCUUAAACUCCAUCAGAGUCCUUUGGAAGAGGUGUCUUCCAAAUUGAGAAGUAUAAUUUGAUUUAACCUGGAAGUAGCAGAAUCUGUCUAGGGUCAUCUGAGUCCCAUCUCUGAUAGCAGUUUUAUGGUGUCUAGAGUGCACCACUGGCGAAUGUUAGUCCAGUCCGAUUCACCGAAUGCCUUGAGAUCCUUGGGGCUUGUGACUGCCACACAGACUUGAAGACGGUAGAGUCCAUGAGUUGGAAGGACAUAAGCAAGCAUAUCUGGAUUGUUUGAAAUAAGGUUCAUCUUGAUGGCAUUCAUUCUGCCAAACUAUGAGACGAAUAGACCACCUUGCUAUAUCAGUUUUCAGCGUUUGUAAUAGAAGUGUGAAGUUGUGGGCGUACAAUUGGAAGAAGUCAGCGGUAAGCCAAAUACCGAGGUAUAUAAAUUUUGGUGUGGCACCAGGUAGACGUGAACUGAGGUUUUAGACGGGUGGCAGCCGCUUCCUCCGCUUCCUAUUUUUCAGUGUUCAACUUCAGGUUUGAGAUACACCCGUUUUCGGUGAAGGCCCUCAAAAAAGUAGGGAGGGAGACAAAGUGGUUACUGAAGAAAAAUAGCAUGUCGUCCGUAUAAGCAUAAGCGGCUAUCUUGUGUGUCAUUCCUUUUCAGGGUAAAUAAACUCAGCUAUUACUCCAUCCCGUCUGACCGCCCCCAGGAAUGGUUCCAGGGAGAGGGCAAACGGGAGGGGCACCCCGCCGUGUCCCGUUCUAGAUUGGAAAAGGUGGCGAGAGGACACAGUUUAUCCGAAUCAUGGUGCUCUGAAUCGUGUACAACGACUAUACCCAAGACAUCAGGUGUGAGCCGAAACUCGUUGCUUUCAUAUAUUGCCAAUCUACACGGUCGAAAGCUUUCUCCGUGUCGGUGGAGAGGAGGAGGAUCUGCUGUUUUGAGUGUUUGGCUGCGUGACUGACGUUCAGUGCCUGUAUGGUGUUAUCCCUCGCUUCCUUCCCGGGGAUAAACCCGACCUGGUCCGGGUCGACCAGGUCCAUGAGGACGCCACUGAUACGCAUAGCUAUGAUCUUUGUAAAGAGCUUCAGAUCUGCAUUUAAGAGUGAUAUGGGCCUAUACCUAGCACAGCUGGGUGCAUCUUUACCUUCUUUAUGGAUGACUGCUAUAGUCACCAGUAGGGGGUCUCUUGGGAAAACCCCACCAUCCAGUAAGAAGUUAAUUCCUUUUAGGAGUUGAGGUAGGAGCGUCUACGAACUCUUUGAGGUAGCGCACAGGCAGGCCGUCUCAUCCCGGGGUGCUUUGUUGAGUUUGGAGGCCUUCAGGGCUGCUUGAAGUUCCUCUAGCAUAAUGGGGGCCUCUAAUGCUUGAGCCUCGUCUUAGCUUAGGGUCUUGGUCACAUGUUGUUGCAGGUAGUCUGACAUCUGUGUGGUCCUUUGCUGUACUUCCACAGGGGUGCCUCUCUGGGGUAAAUUAUAUAAGUCAGUGUAGUAAUUAAGGAAUUCUUUGAUUUUAAUUGGGGAGUUGGGUUGUCAACUCGUCCUUCGUUUUGAUUUUGGUAGUAUGGCACAUGCGUUGUUGUUUUUUGAGUGUUCUGGCUAAGAGGCAGCCACAUUUGUUAGAGUACUCAUACAAAAAAAUUGUUGUGACUUACGGACCAUAUGUUUCUGGGACAAGAUAUCUCUCAAAUUCCUUUGAGCGUUCAGAAGGGCUCUGUAGGAGUCAUCUGACUGGGAGGAUUUAUGCAUUCCCUCCAACUCAGAAAUACGCUGGAGCAGAUCAGUCACGUGUCUACAUUCCUGCUUCCUCUGCGUACACCUCUUAAUGAGCUGUCCCCGGAUGACGCAUUUAUGCACUUCCCGACCGUUUGGGGCGGCAUUUCUGUAGUUUAAUUUUCUUCAAAGAAGGUGGUUAACGCAGAGCGAAGUUCACUCACAACCAAUUCGUUCAUCCUCCAGUAGCGUUCCCGGGGUCGGAAUUGUGGCGGUAGUCUCUCUGCCGAGACAAGCAGAGGAAGAAACUCUUGGGCUAGGAGAAUGUAAUUUAAUCUGCUGUACCGCUUGUGGACUGUGAAGAAGUAAGAGUAGUCCCUGUCAGUGGGGUGCAGCACUUUCCAACAGUCCAUCAGACCCGAGCCCCCUAGUACAUCCCUUAUGUCCCUCAAGCAGUGGAGAAGUAAAGAGCUAACUCCUCUAGAUGUGUCAAGUCGCGGCUCUAAGGCGACAUUCAAGUCUCCAGCUGCCACCAAUAAGCCUUCUCGGAAUAACUCAAGCUCAUUCAGCGUCUUCCUCCGGAAUCUGUGUUGGGGGCAUAGAUGCGAGAAGGUAUAUUUGUUGUCAGCAAUGGUGCCUUUUGAGAAACCGGUAGCGAAUCUGGAGGUAAUUGACUCGCAAAGAUGCACAAUCAUACUGAUGCUAGACAAGGAUUUAUAGGGUCUUUCAGACCUAUAUGACACAGAAUGUUUCUGAUCCUUAAUAAACUAAUAACAUACUGGAACAACAGUGGUUGUAAGUUCACAUAAACAGCAUUCCAGGUUUUAUGUAUAGUUCUAUUAUAGCAUAUUAGGAUGUUCCUGAGUAACUUGAAAACAACUAGCGUGUGCCAUGCAGGGUUAUUAUAAUUACCAGUAGAUGUAUUUUAGUUAAAAUUUGUGUUUGCUGUCCCCCUUUUCUCUUGACAGUCAGUGUGUCCCCAAAAAGUCCCAGCAUAUUUCUUUUUACAGGGACUUUUUAGGUUAUUUUUGUGUGCAAACUGUUACAUUGUAGGUUUCCUGGUUGACCCCAUUGCUGAUGUAAUCUGGCAACCUUGUGAGUAACAAAAAAGCAUAAGAAGCCACCAAAUUACAUUGGUAUUAUUUAACCAAUUACUCUUCCAUAGAAAUAAUGCAAUCAUUUGAGGAAUAUGAUAUACUGUUUUAACCCCUUAGUCCCCACUGACUUGCUAUCCAGUCAUGCUUAUUUGAAUCUUUAUAUAUUCUGAUGUGACAUUGCUCUUUUUUAACAUAUGAUAUUGAUUUUGUUAUGCUAAACCUCAACUGUUUGUCAAGUAUUACAUACCACUGUCUUUUUAAGUGUGAGCAGAUUGCAUGUUAAAUGAUCAAAAAGUGACAUGACUGGUGUUGAUUUAAAGGGUGCUUAUGGAAUUAAAGACCGUUCUGAUUUCUUAAUGAACACACCAUUACAUUUUAAUUCACAUAUAUAGUACAAUCCUAUAAGUAAAAUGUUAAGUCAUUGUACAAAAAAAAAAUCUGUAGUUAAAGUAUUCGUCAAGAUGUUUAGAAUGUGACUUAAACUCGCACGUUUGGCAGUCAGUCAACACGAUGUAGCAGUGCUGCUGAUCUGCCACGAGAGGGACAUCAAAGGCAGAGGUCCAAAUCCUCGGUGGUUAUAAUGUGCUGCUAAAUGACAUGUCAGGCUUCCGGCCCCACUGUACAUCAUGCCCCAUUUGAUGUAGCUAGCUCACUGAAAAAGACAAAUCCAUUGCUUGUAAUUGCUGACUGGCAUAUAAUGCAAAGGAUUAGUGUCGUGUCAUUUCACUAUAGAUGUGUCUAAACCCUGCAAUAUAUUCUGCUAUUCACUUUUGCAAAGCUGAUUGUCUCUAUAAAUAACUUUUUAUUGGGGCAUUUGCAAAGGGUUCAAACUGCUUUUUUUUCCCCUUCAUUUUUAGGACAUAUGUGCAGUGUUAAAACCUAGUAUGUGUGGUUUCUUCUUGAAAUCUAUUGUACAAGAUUAUGUCUGCAAAUAAGUGACAGGUUGUUACAUCAUUCAGCAGCUAUCUUGCCCAUGAAGUUUCUAUAAAAAGUACAAUCAUGGUUUGUUCACACUGUUUACAAUUUUUUCUUGCAUUCUGUUCAAUUCUUUUGCAUUUGAUUGUCAAAUACCUCUAUGGUUCCCUAAAUUCAGGAACAACUGAAUAGUGAAUAGAAAUGAGAGUUGGAGAAUUCAUGGCAGUAGUAUUUCAAAUCUAUAUACCCUCGUCGAUCUAAGCAAUUUGACACUAUUGUGUGUGUGUGUGUAUAUAUAUAUAUAUAUAUAUAUAUAUAUAUAUAUAUAUGUAUAUAUAUGUAUAUGUAUAUGUGUGUGUAUAUAUAUAUAUAUAUAUAUAUAUAUAUAUAUAUAUAUAUCUCAAAUAAACUAAAAUAUCACAUUGACAUAAUUAUUCGGACACUUAAAGGGACACUUUAGGGUCAGAGCACAAACAUGCAUUCCUGACCCUAUAAUGUUAAAACCACCAUGCUCCUUGCCUCCCUGAAUAUAGUAAAAUAUUACUUGUAUUUAAGUCUGAAGCUGCUGCCUCUGCCCCUGAUCUGUCUGCUUACAGCUGACAUCAGAAGUGAUGCUUUCCCAUAGGAUUGGCUGAGACUGUCAAAGAGGCAUACCAGGGGCAGAGCCAGCACAAGUUAAACACAACCCUGGUCAAUCAGCAAAAGAUCAGUGUCUGCAUGUAGGGGGUGCAGACUCUGAAUUGGCAGCACUGCACAGUGUUCAGAACUGCCCCAGGGAGCACCACUAGCAGCCAGUGGAGUUAUCACUAGGCUGUAAUAUAAAUGCUGGAUUUUCUCUGAAAUGACAGUGUUUACUGCAAAAAGCCUAAAGGGGAUGAUUUUACUCACCAGAACAAAUACAACUAGAAAAGCUAAAAAUUUCUGGGGAAAUUGUGUGAAGUGUUCUUGCCUCCACCAUUAGUCUACAACUGGAGUAAGCGGAGUAACUGGAUGGAGUGGCUUGAGUAACUGUUGUGUGGUUGGAGUGGCUGGAGUAACUGUGGAAAGGUUGGAGUGUGGUUCACUCCCUCUAAAGCAUGGGCAGAGAAGAGCUUUCAAAUUCUUUGAACAUUCCACCAAUGUGUGAGUUGCAAACAAAUGGUCAUAUUGUGAAAACCAUCAGGACUAUGGCUUAGCCGUAGACAUGUUUAGUGGCAGCAGGGAUAGCUGAACGUUUUGAUAUAAGAUUUGUGUAGGUGGGCUUGAAAAUGAGGGAGUGGUGGCAGUUUAGAAAUCAUGUCCUGAUUUUUCAGCUUUUGUCAGCUCCCACUCUAGUUUUGAACAUUUCGCUAUUCGUUCCUAUGGGAUCAAUUUCGCCACAAAAACGACGAUAUUUUGUGAAUUAUUUGGCGAAACAUUCCACAAAGUAAUAGCACACCAAUCGGCAAUAAUCCGCACGUUUCGGUAUAUUACUGUCUAUGUAGUGUAAAAACUGUUCAGGAGGAGGAGUUAGGGUGGUAAAUUUGGCUAUAAUAAGAAUAAUAUAUAUGCAAGAACACUUAAUAUAUAUGAGAUAAUAUUAAGUGGUCUUGCUAUGCAAGAACACUUAAGCUGUAGUUGUUCUGGUGACUAUAGUGUCACUUUAAAACAAUACUUACUUGAAGCACAUUUGGCAGAAAUUGAUAUACAAUUGUGUCUUCCUUUUAUGUAUGUCUAUAUGAUCUGAGCAAAUAUAGCUCUAACGACUUUACAUUUCCCCGACCUUUGAACACAAAUGGAACGCAAACCCUUCUGGAUUUUCAGGACUUGGACCAAUAUUGCGGACGGAAAAGAACCUUAUGUCACGAACGCAGAACGAGACAGGGAGUCUGCAUGUAGGCGGAAUAACCAACAUGUGUGUAUGAGGUGCACCACCACCGGUUUGGCAAAGUGCAGCAAAGAUUAGAACAUUGAUGUAGAUCAACUGAAUUACCCCUGAGGAAGUCCGUGCUAUAGGGUUUUAUUUCUGUUGCACUUUUUGUUUAUUUUAACUGAAGCUCAAUUUGGACUGUUAACUCUUUGAGGAACCAACAAAAGAACUCCCAAGAACAUUCUAAAGUUAACCCUGAUGUCUUUUAAUAUUGGAAACAGUGAGUGCAAUUGUAAUUAAAGCUGUUGUUACACCAUGCAGUUUUGCACUGUUUGUUGCUUUCUCUGCUUUUGCCUCCUAUAUAUAAUCACUAAGCUGAAAAAGAGGAAAGCAAUAAGAAGAAAAGUUUUCUUCCCUCUGAUUCUCACUCCCCCCCCCAUUGAUUCAAUGCUUUCCUAUGGGAAGGUCAAAUGCGCAUUUGCACCCGCUCUUCAGGGAGAGGGGGGAGGAGGGGCGCUAGAGCUUUAUUGAGACCACUAAAACCACUAACGUACUUUCUUUAAAAUUAAUUAUGUAUGCUAUCUAGCAUUGUAUAAUGAACACUAUGUGUUUUUACUUGAGUAAGAUACACCUGUUUGUAAAAAAAGAUACUCUGAAUAGAUUUUGAAUUGUUGUGUAUGACAGAACAUCCCACCUCCCCCUUCCAAUUGAGCUAAUUCAAAUAUUUACCGCACACAGUACAGGGUUUCCUUGCUUAUAAGGAUAUUUUGGAAAACCGACUGAACCCCAUGUUAUCAGAGGCAAAAUGGUGGAAGGGAUUCAAACCUAGCUAGAGAAGCACCCUGUCUACUUGAGUCCUGAUGUAGUUCUUCUGGUUUGUUCCAAGAAUAAUUUGUGUCCCAUGUGAAAUAUACAAUGUAUGUUUCUCUAAAGUGGCAAUGGCCCAGUAAAUCGGUUCAAGUCUGAAAACUGAAGUUGUCAUGUAUUUAAUUUUACCCUAUAACUGGAAGGACAGAGGCAAUUGUCAGAAUAUAAAUCUGGAGGCUUACAGUAGUGGGCCACAUAAUAUCUAUGAAAUGCAUCUCAAACAUGAAACCUCUAUGAGGAAGAGUUAAAUAUAGCCAGCGGCAGAUCAUUUCUGCCAAAAAAAGUCUUGCUUGUGUUUUUUUUUGCAUUGCUACGAUUGGGGAUUCCUUUUUAAACUCUCAUUGUAUUUUACAAACGUUCAGCUUUAAAACGGUUAAUCAAUCCUUGCAAUAUUGCCUUAUAAAUCAUGUAAGGGACCGUGCAUUCCUAUGUGGCCAGUCACGUCAGUGACAUUGUAUUAAAGGAUCCUUCACAUCAGCAGUGUGGAUUUACCAGUGAUUAGAAAUUGUAAGCUAUGAUGCAUGUUAGUUUUGCCAAGUUUUAUUUGUAAUCCAGUGCAAUAGGUUUGUUUGUUUUUAUAUAGUUUUACAGUAUUUGUUUAUAAAACCUAGUUGCUUGGAUAUAGCUCUGCUAAAUCGCUCAUUACUGUAAAACCCAGCUAAAGCAUCACUGAUGUCGACUAGACUAUGCUAAACAGCUGCACAGUAAUCCUUUCAUGCACACGUACGCUGAAGCUUUUUUUUUUUUUCCUGAUAGCUUGCAUUUUUUUUUUGUCACUGGGUGCAAUUUGAUUCUGUAGCACCUAUGCUUCCAGCCAGCACAAGCUUUCAAGUUAGAGCUGAGGUAUUAGAGUAAAACAGCUAGUUUUAUUAAGUUAUAUUCAAAUAUUUAUUUAAACACUCAGCUUGCUCAUACAGCUUGGUUGUGAUUACAUGAAGUCAGCUGGCAACUAAGUGCUGUGUCAGUGGGAGUUUGGACUUUGCACUGAUUAGUGUACCUUAGAGAUGACAUCACACCCAUUUUUUCCGUGAUAGUUGCAAAUUUGGACCACAGAAAGUUAAUUGUAUCUGAAGAAGAGUGUUUUCACUCUUUUUCAGAUACAAUUAACCUUUUGAUUUCCAACAGCUUCUUGUUUUACAUUCAGGUGUAUGUCAGAUAUUAUUUAAUUUUGUUAUAUAUAGAUGUUCUUUUUAUUUUUUUUUGUUGACACACACAUCAUUUAUUUUAAAAAGAAUUGUGCACCUAUAAACAUUAGUAGUUUUUAAUCUGUUGGUGAAAAAUGAAUCUAUAUGUCUGUGUUGUUCGUUAAUCCAGAUCUAUUCCAGCCUUUCUCUUCAUUGUUUGCUGCAGCCUGCUUCUGUGCGUAAUUCUUGUUUGAUUAGGCAUGCUGUGGGGUAAGCAAGCUCCCACCAAAUUUAUCUAUGCUGUAAGUAAUUCAGCGAGUGCAGAAAGGCUAUGGGUUUUGUGACUAUGUUGGCAGACCAAGUGAAGAAAUCCCCAGAUCUAUUGUCACCUGUAAAGCUUUUACAGCCCUUGUAAACUUCAUACUCCCAUUUUUUGGCAAUUUUAUGUGUGAUAUUUUUUUUUAGAAACAAAGCCUGUACUGGUGGAAGAUUAGCACUUGUUUGUUUCUAUAAAAAAAUUGCAUGUGAAGCACUGUCUGCAUAAAAUGUGCAGUAAAUAAGUUAAUUCGCUCAAUACAGUUAUUUUUUUUUUGGGGGGUGGGGGGGGGGUGGUAAUGGUAUUUUAUACACUAAUACCUAUGUAUGUACUUUAACUUUUCCAAACUGUAUAUCUACACAUGAUUGUGUCGCUUCACACAAAUAUAUCCAUCAGAAACUUGUGGGAAUGCUGUGGAUCCAUAUACACAGUGUGUAAGUACCAUUUAAAUAUUAUCCUAGGAUUAGAGGUUCAAUGUCACUAAAUUUCAAAAGAGCACACUCAAGCUUGAUAUAAGAAGUAGGGUUUUAAUUCUACAUAGCAGUUCUUCAUGUACUUGCUAUUUUAAGUGGCUUAAAAUUAAUGUGAUCAUUACCUGUGUGUGGGUUUUUAACUGGUCAUAACGUUUUGGUGGACAAAUAU